AUGGGACACCCCCUUGUUUACUACGCGCAACUGCAACCGCACGACGGUAGUCUAAAACGGGAAGGGAAUAAAAACUGUUUUGCCAGAGCAUUUAAAUGGUACACCCAGGAUUUAAAUGAGGUGCGCGAGCAGGGUAAUAGAGCAACUCCAGAUCUAACCGAUUUUGCGAGCUGGCUAGACACGAAAUACUGCGAAUACCUGUCAGAAAGUGAGGCACAGCAAAUUGGACAGGAGCCGCUUCGGGGCACUUCCUGCUCACCCUGCCCACCAGAUACAACUAGAAGAUUUCCAAGAAUGAGAAGUCCAUGGAGUAAACGCAAAUCUGCAAAUCAAAAUGCGAGAGACAGUUCGUGUAAAUCAAAAUCGCCAACCGCAAGUUGUCAAUUUAUUUUGCAUCCACAAGAUCUGACUCGACCGGCUUCCGCUUGUUACCAAACUCCGCCAACUUGUCCUAAUAGAUCUAAUGCCACGAUGAUAUCAAAUGAAGCUAUAGACACAAAGAAAAGUGUGGUAAAAUCUCGGAGUAUGACAAGUAUUUCUCAUGAAAAUAUUACUCGAAACGUUAUCGACGUGAUAACUGUUCAAGAAGGUCCUACCAACGUACCCAUAGGUGUCUGUGACAGAAAAUGUACACUUGAUAAAAAACCAGAAUGUAAAACUGUCGAAGAGAUUCUACAAAAUACUGUAACCUCGCCUAAAGUACAGAAGCUACAGGUGCCUUGUACUGAACCUUGUCAACUAGUUCAGCAAUGUUGUGAUAAAAAUUUUAGGCUCAAGCAAAACUUCCAAAAUAUGGAACGAGAACGAGUGCCUUCGAUAUCACAAAAAGUUGAAACUCGGGCUGACACCUGUAUCUCCAAACAAGAAUAUAAAGCAGGUCAAGAAGUAUCACAUACAAUUUGUGAGCAAAACCGCUUAAAUAAAGAGAUGGAUUAUGUGCAAGAAAUAAAAUCGCAUGCGAGAGAUUCACUUUGUGAUCCAAAUUGUACGCGCAAGGAAAAGUGUAACUUUCUUCGAGAGAUGCAUUUAUUACCCUUAAAAUCAUGCGAAAUGGCCACUUGUGAAAAAAAAUCAAAAGAAAUAAGCGAUUUAAUACGUAAAGCACGGGAAGAUCAGGGUCUCUCUAUGAUUCAGAAAGGUCCCAACGAACAGGAACGCGCAAUUCAAUUAGAAACAGACCAAAUUUGUUCAAAACGCCAAUCGAUAGACACUACUUGUGACCGAGGCUUUUUAACUAUAGAAAAGUAUGCAGGGCAAAUGGAGUCUCCAAAAUCCAAUAAAGCAGAAUUGCUUUGUGACGUUAACUGCCCGGCAAAGCCAAACAUCUAUGUUCAUGAAAGAUAUCCUACACAAAUACAGGAUGCUAUGUGCCCUGGUGAAAAAAACUGUAUGACAUAUGACCAUAGAAGGGCAAACAUGCGAAAAAUUAAGCCUCCCUCAAAAGCAUUAAAGGGGGGAAUUGAAUGUCAAUGUCCUAAAGAAACGCUUCUUGAUAAAAAAAUACAUUCAUGUGUAACACCUACCACCACUGACUCUACUGCUCCUACUUGCAACUGUAUUGUACCUAAAACAAUGAAGCCUGUUCAUGUGCAGGAACAACAAAGCCAACGUACGAUACAGCAAUAUACUCAAAGCAAUACUAAACCUCUUUUAUCAUUCUUUUCCAAGAAAACGCAAAAGCCUAAGGUCGACGUAUCAUGUCAAUGUUCCGAAGCAGAUAUCAAGCAGUAUGACACACCUCACCAAUUUUACAGAACUGCCCAAGCAACAACUAGGUCCUACGUUUCGUAUUAUUCAAAGAAAAAUAGCAACACUACAGCAGAUGCAUCAUGUCAGUGUUCUGAAAGUGAUAUAAACAAGAACUCAUCGCCCCGAAUAUCUGACCAACGUCCUCAAGUAAAAGCUCAGUCUUUUAUUUCGUACGCGCAGAUUAAAAAGAUAGGGAAAAUGACUGAAGUAUCAUGUGAAUGUUCUGCGGCCAGUGUUUUACAAUGUGACACACCCUCUCAGUACCGGCGAAAUGAUUUCCAGUCUUCAGCUAAUACCACAUGUAUUUGCCCAAAUCCGGUACAGCUAAUAACGCCAGUGUGUAAUAUUCAGAGAACAAACUCUAAUACGAUGAAAAAUGUAUGCCGAUUAAGGCAAGUAACUCAUUACCAAGCAGUAUUUAGAAAUGACGGUGUACAAACGUCUAGUCACUCCAUCAACUUCGGUAAAAGCGACGUACAGGACUAUGCACUAUUUAUGAAAAUAGUUUGUGCCGAUAAAUUAAACGAAAACAUUUAG